CCCUCCUCCUCCUCCCCCUCAGCAGCGAUGCCAGCGAAUUUAAAUUAGCGUCAUUCGGACAUUACUUGUGUCCCCCCCGAAUUCUGACCUCGCGUUGUUUCACCGAACGGAUUUGGUUUCAUUUAUUACCGUGGGAUUAACCGGCGUUAUCCAGAGAGAGGCCGGAGAUUUGUUUCGCGCAGGGCGGGGAGGAGCAUUAUUAUCGGGGGGAGUCUUUCGCCUCCUCCGCCAGUAUGCUCCUGUAACAAGUCAAGAUAGAAACAAGAGCGAGGACGGAGACAAUGCGCCCGUAAAGCAUGGACGUGGAGGUGAGUGCCGGGCUGGGGGGCAGCACCAGGAGGAGAGCAGCGCAAGAUUGCGUUCCAGUCGGAGGAGGAGUGGGCGGAAGCGUGGAGGUUCUGGUCGUACCUCCAGACCUGUACGACUCUGCCAGGGCCAAAAUAGAAGCAAAUCUCCGCUGGCUGCUGGCCAAAGCUUAUGGCGUCGCAGACCACAUCCCCGAGGACCUGCAGGACCCGUUCUACACGGACCAGUAUGAGCAGGAGCACAUCAAGCCCCCGGUCAUUCACCUACUGCUGUCCGGGGAGAUCUACUGCAGGGUGUGCGGACUUAUCCUGCGGGCCGAGCAGUCCGCCUCCCUCCGAAGCCAUCAGUCCGUGCUCCAGGCCCUGUCCGCAAGGGGCAUCCACGUGCGGGACUCGGACGACGUGCACGUCUCCGCUCUCGAUCUCAGUUCGACCCCUGUCAAGAUGAGCUGCCACAUGCAGCUGAUCGACGCCCUCAUGAUGGCCUACACAACGGAGAUGAUCAGCGUGGAGAAGGUGGUGGCCAGCGUCAAGCGAUUCUCCAACUUCAGUGCCUCGAAGGAGCGUCCGCUGGACCUGGAGAACGCCAUGGUCCUUUGGGUCAACAAGGUGAACACAAAGAUGAGGGCUAUCUCCGAAAAAGAAAUGAAGACGAAGCAGCACCUGCUGGACACACCAAACCAUCAGAAGCCUGACAUAUUGCAUGCGCUGGCCCAUUGUGUGUUGGAGCCUGUGGAGUUUUCCCGAGUGGUACGCUAUCGCAGGGAGCACCUCUCACGUCGAGCACUUCAGCACUUCUCCCUGGUGGACGACCUGUGCAAAGACGUGUGUGACGGUGCUGCUCUUCUGGCCCUGAUCCACUUCUACUGCCCCAAACUCGUGAGACUCGAAGAUAUCUGCCUGAAGCACAUGGCCUCCAUAGCUGACAGCAUGUACAACAUCCAGUUGCUGAAGGAGUUUUCCAAUGAGUACUUGAACAAGUGCUUCUAUCUGAAGGCUGAGGACAUGUUGUAUUGCUCUCCAGUGCUGAGGAAUAAUGUGAUGGUGUUCAUCGCCGAACUCUUCUGGUGGUUCGAGAUUGUGAAGCCGGACUUCGUGCAGCCCAGGGACCUUAAAGAAAUCAGAGAUGCACGGGUACUGCUGAUGCCCAAGGCCUCUCAAUCCCCCACGCCCAUCAGUUACACCAAACGUAGCUUCCCGACCACAUCGAGCGAUGCCGAAGUGUUGACCGCGCCUUUAAGCUCCGACUUUAGCACUGCCAGCUUUGCUCACUCUUUAGUGCCUCCAAGACAGAGAAGACGGAGGGGAGUUGAGGACGACGCUACAGCGAGGAACCAGCGCGGCUCUCCGGCGCGUAAAGAUGAGAGGCCACAGGGUUUAUCGCAGGUCCGGCCAGAGGGGAGGCAGAGGCCUUUGUCCCUGCCGGCACCCUACGCCUUGCAUUUCCCCAAUCAGGAGGACGACGCUGACAAUAUCCGUCUGGUUCGCUCGAGCAUUAUGACACCCAGCCACGUGCUCGUGGGUUCAGGUCGCCCGCUGCACGAGCACAGACUGGGCGGACAAGGCCUCCUCAGCCACAUUCAGAUCGAGGACGAAGAGGAGAUCUUAGAGGAGGAGGAGCUGGUCGCCGUGGUACACCCCGCUGCUUUCCCCCGACGUCCCCACAGGAGCGACAUCGAGCUGGAUGAACUGGAAACCCCCCACACGAUCUCACCACGGAGGGUUUCGAAUACUCUCGACUUGGACAUGGUAACACCGGACGUGCAGGCGGGAAGCUACUACCUGGAGCCUCUCAUGCCAGCCGUCCCUAAGCCAGCCAAAGAGAAAAGCAUCAGCCUUAACAAGGACGAGGAGAGCGGGGAGAGUCGCACCAGGCCGGGGCUGUGCGGUCUCAAUGCAGCCGCGGAUGUUCCACAUAAAUCACACAGGAAGUCAACACUAUCCCAAUGUCGUAAAUAUGCGUUGAAACCCGUAACCGUGGUAAAGUCCAUCCCCAGUCGGGAAGGCUUGACACAUACUUUACUCUCUGAGAAAACACAACCACAAGGGUUUUUCCUUCACUCGUCCGGAGAGUCAGAGUGUCACAGUCAUCUUUCCUCCGAUGCAGAAUUAGGGCAAGACUCGGACUCGGACAUUGCAGGCUUUGAGGAAGAUGACGAGGAUGUGGACCUGUACGAGGCAAGCAGGGAAAAAGGAAUCUGCUUACUGCGAGAAUUCUCAGAGGUUGAGUCCUUGAAGCUGAGAGAAGACCUAAAGGUGAGUGAGCGAGAUGACAAAGAAGACUGGAGUGGACGCUCCAGCCCAUGCGUCAGUACCACGUCCUGCGCAAGCAGCUGCAGCGUUUCGGGAGGUGCCAGUGUCAGAAUGACCAGCUUUGCCGAAAGGAAGUUGCUCAAACUCAGCCUCCGUGACGGGUUCUCCAGCGCCAGCAGCUCGCAGAAGACAACGCCCGACCACUCUGAGAUUACUUCUUGCGCUGCCUGGCAGCUGAAGACCGAAGGUAGUCCCGGAUGGCAGGCGAAAGACUCAACGUCUGGCGUGAGGAAGACUAUGAUGGCGAGUCCCCCGGUCGUGCCUUCAGAGCUGCUGCAGCUCCACAUGCAGCUAGAAGAGCAAAGGCGGGCUAUCGAGUAUCAAAAGAAGAAGAUGGAGACCUUGUCGGCGCGGCAGCGGCUGAAACUCGGCAAAGCUGCGUUCUUGAAUAUCGUGAAGAAGGGAGAAGGGAGGAGCGACACACUCCCUCUUCCUCUCAAACAUUCGCCUUCCGUCGAACUGUCUGGACCUCAGAAAGCGAAAAGCUCCUGCUGCAAGGACGACUCUUGUCUUGAGGUGCUGAAGGUGGAGGCAAAGGCGGAAGGAAGACCGAUGCAUCGAGACAAUCGGUUAAACGCCUCGGCUCAGGACAGCGGUUCCGAGUCGGACGUGAGCGACCGGAACCGGUCCAUAGAUCUCCUCAACGAGGCCAUCAGCGUUAUCCAGCAGCAGAUGACGCAGCUCUCAUUGCAGCAAGACCUGCUGAUGAAGAAGAAUGUGGCCCCGUCUGUGGAACCCAGAGAACCGGACCUGAAACCAACUGCGACCACUCCGCAGUCCCCCACCUCAGACCCCAGAUCCUUUGCCGUCCACUUUGUUGACUUCAAUGACAGCAGUUGCGCUCCCACCCGCCGUCCCCCCAAGCUGAGCUCUAGCCAGCGAAGCAAAGCCUCCGAGCCGAAGCAGAGUAACAAGAACAGCAAAGCGUCUGACACGGAAGCUGAAAAAAACGGUGUAGGAAGCCUGGAUGCCGAAAGUUCCAGGACGGAUAGAAACUUCAGAAGACGCACAACCUUCAGAGUCCAAAACGACCAAGACGGCCCCACAGAGGAAGCCAGCCUCCCUCCUGGAAAUGUUCAGUCAGAGGACACGACGGCCUCCGAUACCGCUAUCGAUCCGUCACAUUGCGCUGAGGACGACGAGGUUGACAUCUCAGGGACAGAAUCUACGGAUGGAAGCAAAACCACCAAGGGAAAAGGGCUCCUGAUCGAGGUCGACCUAACGGAGCUGAAGGAGCCCGCGGAGGGCGCGAGUGUCGACAUCACAGACGGCGAACGCAAGAACGUGCUAGGCUUCUUCUUUAAGGACGACGAGAAGGCCGAGGACGAGAUGGCCAAACGUCGCGCCGCCUUCAUGCUCAAACAGCAGCGCAAAGCCGAAGAGGCCCGGAUACGCAAGCAGCAGCAGGAAGCGGACAGCGAGCUCAAGCGCGACGAGGCCAGGCGCAAGGCAGAGGAGGACCGUGUUCGGAAAGAGGAGGAGAAGGCCAGACGAGAGCUGAUCAAGCAGGAGUACCUUCGCCGGAAGCAGCAGGCGCUGUUGGAAGAGCAGGGUCAGGUUAAGCCGAGCCCCAGGUUCAAGUCCCGCAGGAACAGACCCAAAUCGCUGCACCGGGGCGAGUUCAGCAGCCCCUGUAAAGGAUCGGCCACACCUGACUUGAGCUGCAGCCUUCGAGGGUCGACGCUGUCUUUGGCCACGGAGGCGGACAGCAUCAUCUCCGAAGAGGCCGAAUCGCACAGGGCUGAGUCCGUCUGCUCCAUGGACUCCUUCCCCGCGCUGAGCCGAACCUCCAGCAGGAACCUGGAGCGCGACUGGGAGAGCGGCUCCAUCGCCUCCUCCAUCACUUCCACAGAGUACAAUGGGCCCAAACUUUUCAAAGAGCCCAGCUCCAAGUCCAACAAGCCCAUCAUCAUCAACGCCAUCGCACACUGCUGCCUGGCGGGAAAAGUGAACGAGGCCCAGAAGAACGUCCUUCUGGAGGAACUGGAAAAGUGCGAGUCCAAUCACCUGAUCAUCCUCUUUCGGGACGGCGGCUGCCAGUUCCGCGCCGUGUACUCGUACUCGCCGGAGACGGAGGAGAUCGUCAAGUUCACGGGCACGGGGCCGCGCGUCAUCGGCCACAAGAUGAUCGACCGGCUCUACAAGUACAGCUCGGACCGCAAGCAGUUCAACGUCAUCCCGGCCAAGUCGGUGUCGGUCAGCGUGGACGCGUUGACCAUCCACAACCACUUGUGGCAGGCCAAAAGGCCCGGCAGCGCGCGCAGGAAGUGACACGCGGUCGCUCGCUAUUUGCGUUAUUGUUCCGUUUAACGUCAGUUGGGCCGGACCGGACGCGUUCAGACUAAACGCUCAAAGAGGAGUCCACGGAGGAUUAGAAAUACUUCAAAAUGCGCAACGUACAUGAUCGUUGGCGUUGAUUUCAUUCUUUCGAGCUCCGUGAUUGGUCCGAACGCAUCGGAAGCUAACAUGGCCGACGUGCUGGUAGUGGGUCAGCGCGGCCAUCUUGCUGCCGUCUUUCCCAAUCGGUAUUGAGCCAAAGCGCCUAUUUUACAUGAUUAAAAUCUGACAGCGCAGCACCAAACAAUAUGUAUACAGCUCAGCAAAAAAAAAAAAUUAAACAAACACAAAAAAAAGGGACUUUGUUUUUUUUUUUACCAUUUUUCAUUUUCUACAGAAAAAUACUUUAAAUGGAAAUAUUUGUGUUUGGAAUUUGGGAGGUUUUUUUGUCAGUUUACAGAGUGAAACCUAAACGUUGAUGUAAUGUCAGAGCUGGAUAUUAAAAAUAUAUAUAUUUAAUUGUAUUACAAUUUACUUACAAAUGUACUUAGCGUGAAAUCUGGGCCACAAACGCUAAUAUUCGGUUGUACAAAUGGCUUCAGCGAGCUCGCGGAAGAGCAAUGAAUUGUUCUGCUCUACGUUGCCGCUCUAGAUGGAUGAACAAACGUAGAGUAUUUGUCGUAAAUCCUAAAUAAUUACCACCCGGUGAUCCGUGAUGAUCGGCGCACGUGAGAGUACAAAACGGGAGACGCUAACCCAACGCACAAUUUGAUCUGUUCGUUGAUUGUAAUUCUGCAUGUCACGCUUGGUCCUGCGUUUUUUUUUUUUUUUUUUUGGGGGGGGUAUUCUAUUUGACGGACUGAUUGUCUCGUUGCGACCAAGUUGGACCUUUUCGUAACCAACGCUGCUUCAUCCUCUCCGGGCGGUGAUUCUGACUUUUGACCUUAUUUAUCUAUUUAUUGCUGCUGUUUUCUAGCAAGAUAAACAUUUGUACUGCUGGGGGGGGGGGGGGUCGAUUUGGUGCCGUCUGAGAUGCUUGACGGGCUCACGAGUAUUUUUUUUGGCGACCUCUCACGUGAGAACAACGUUGAAGUGUAGCUUGAAAUGCUCAAUAAUUUGCCUGCUCGUUCCCUGGUCAAUUGGAACGUGAUGGCGAACAAAACAGUACAAUUACUUGAUUUAUUUUAUUUUUCUUUUGCUGCAUUUUGUAUAUUUUUAGUCGUAUAUUUUGUACCAGUUAAAGAAACUAAAUGGGGGAAAAAAACAGGCACAGUUAUGAGGUUUAUUCUGUUGCAGUCCCAUUUUAUUGUGUCCUUUAUUGUGCAUUAAUGUCUUUAAAAAAAAAAAAUCAAUAAAAUACAGUUUAAUAUGUAAAUGAGCCUGUUGCUUUACAAAUACAAGUACUGUCUGUGUAAAUAACCUACCAUACUUUCCGGCCUAUAGAGCGCACCUGAUUGUAAGCCUCACCGAGUACAUUUGUAAAGGAAAUACCAUUUGGUACAUACAUAAGCCGCACCUGUAUAAAAGCCGCAAGUGCCCACAUUGAAACACGAGAUAUUUACAAAGAUGGUACACAGAAAGAGUUUUCAAUGUUUUACUACCUUAGCUUAGCUUAACAUAGCAACAGCACGGUAGCACGAACAGGGCUGGUUAAAAAAAAAAAACUCGGCAGCUACACAGUAGCAACAAAGUAGCGCAGCACUAAAAGGGCUGGUUAAAAAAAAAUACCUAAAUCACUAAGACGCAGAAGCUAACGCUAGCAUGGUGCUAACAGGGCCGGUAAAAAAAAAAAAAAAACACAC